CAGUUCUGCUGUUGCGAGGCGGGGCGUGCCGGAGCGAGGGAGGCGCGGGAGAUGGCGGACAGCGGCAAGAGCAAGAGCGGCCCGGCGGCCCCUUCCUCCGGUGCGGGUGGCGCCGCCGCCGCCGCCGCCAAGGCCAUGACGGCCGAGCAGGUGGUGGCUGGAUUUAAUCGCCUGCGUCAGGAGCAGCGAGGUCUAGCCUCAAAGGCAGCUGAGCUGGAGAUGGACUUGAACGAACACAAACUUGUUAUUGAAACACUUCGUGAAGUGGAUCCUACCAGGAAGUGUUACCGGAUGGUGGGAGGUGUGCUGGUGGAGCGCACUGUAAAGGAGGUCCUUCCAGCACUAGAAAAUAACAAAGAUCAGAUCAACAAGAUCAUAGAGACACUGAGUCAGCAGCUGCAGACAAAAGGCCGGGAGCUGAAUGAGUUCCGAGAAAAACACAACAUCCGCCUGAUGGGCGAGGAUGACCAGAAGACUCCAUCCAAGGAGAGCACAGAGGGAGCAGGUGCCAAAUCCAGCUCUGCAGGGGUCCUGGUCUCCUAGUGGAAGGAGAGACUUUCUCAGCAAGGACUUAACACCCCUUACUCUAUAGCUGCAGCUCUCAAAGGCUUACCUUUAUUAUUGUGUUGGUGUCAUCUUGUAUAAUAUUUUUGUUAAAUAAACAUUCUGAGUGUCACGUA